CCGCUCGCUUAGCAUGCGCAUGCGCUACCGUUUUCUUGGCCAGUUGUAUUUUGGCCAUUAGCACGUACGGAGUUGCGCCCGCGCCUUGAGUCUGCGCCAAGUGUGAAAAACAUAUAAAUGCGAGUAAACGCAACUCAACUUUAUAUAAACUAAAAUUGAAGUUGGUGUUUAACACACUUUCGUCGCUUUUUGCACGAAAGCGAAAGUUGCGUGUCUUAGUCGGGUUUAUUACUUGGUGUUUACGAAUCUCAAUACUAAACCACAAAGGAAAGGCCGAAGAUAAAGCCGAUCACUGUACAAGCUGCCUUAAACAUUUGUCAAUACAACAAAGAUCGUGAAAUACCCGACAACAAAGCAGGUCAAAAGCAAUAACCUUCUUUCAAUUACGUGUUCUGAUCGGAUCGACGCACCAAGCUUCCCAACGCCAAGAUGCCAGCAGCCAGCUCACAUCCACGUCUGUUCUUCUACUUACUAUGUGCCGCCUCACUUCUAGCCGUCUCCAAAUCGGACACCGGUAGUACCAAAAACUCCUAUUUCAUGUCUUACUUUUACUAUUUAGUUAUUAACUUUAUUAACCCCUUCGCAAUGCCGAUAUUCUAUCGGUUUGUAAAGGUGUUGCCGUUACAUCCGCCGACCGAAGAUUUGGCAUAUGACGCUGCUCUGCAGCUGGGCUUGCUUAACCACCGCCUUAACCUACUAAGCCACGAGGAAGAGGCCAGGCAACUCAGUUUGCAGAACAUAACCCUAGGCAACCUCGUGAACCGCAUACCCUGUAGCUGCGACACCGGACUGUGCAAGUGCUGUGCUGGUUUCCUCUCGGUGAUUGGCAUGAACAGUUGCACAGAAGUCGCGUAUCGUCCUGAAGAAUUUUCAUUCGAGUUGCGAAUGCGCGUUAACAACAAUAUCUGGUUCCGUCAAAAGGUAUCCGGCCAGAAUCCCCCUCCGUUUUGCUUCCGGCCUCCGCGAUUUAGCUUCGCUAAGGCCUGCAUCCAGUUCCAUGAUAUUUGGUUUGUCGGGCGCAACAUGCACGUCUGCAUGUACAUGUCCGGGGAAUUUCAGGGCUUUGAGCUGUUCGAGAGAAACUUCGACUGCCUCCUGUUUGGUGAUCACGGCGUUAAGAUCGUUCCCCCAGAGCAAGGCUACCCGGUGCGACCGAACGAUGUCGACAUCGAUGAUGGAGACGAUGAGAUCGAGGACUACGAUGAGAAUGUAGUCCGCAGUUUAGCGGAGAAGAUGGUCGGUUAGCUACUUAUACGACGCUUAGAUGUACUUAUUUAUUUGUAAAUUUAACACUCAAUCACUUGACAAAGUAACAUAAACAAAGCCCCUUA